UAAUCCAAUCAUUCGAGCAUGACGUUUGACAACAAAUAAGUUUUGUUGUACAGUUUGAUUGACCGACUCGAUAGUGCCUAACAUUCCCUCAAGCCGGUCGGUCGCUCAGUAUACGAUGUGGUUCGUAGUAUCUGCAAACCAGUUUACAUACUAACGUCUAAGUUUUCAAGUGCUAAUUGAUGCUUAUUUUUGAGCGGUCGAUAUUCAUCUCACGCGCGUGCAAUCAGAAAACACACGACAGCACUUGACCUACAUUCCAGCUAGAAGCUGGCAGACAUGUCGGAAAAACGAAAGUCGGAUAGAAGAAAGCAAGAAUUUUCUUCGAAAUUAAAGAACGAGGAUAAGCUCUCAGAUGACUCGAAACCUGCGGUUCUAGUUGCUCCCCAAGUGGAGCAGCUUAACUGUUUUUUCGAUCUACGAACGAAGCGCGGCCAAUUACUGUUUUUUAUUAUAACUGUUCUCGCGGCCACCCUAACUCAAUGUCUUCCAAAAGAUGCUAUAACCAAUAUGCUGAAUCUGACUGAAGAACAAUCACAGUGUAAAACCGAAACGAAAAUCAUAGAAAAGAUAAUCCGUAGCGGAACCACAGAGAGACCGAAGUACGUAAUCUAUGGUCGUAAUCCAUCGGGUGGUCAUUUGAUUCACGUUCACAACGUACUCCAGAGGCUAGGACUGGAGCAGAUCGACAACACGACCGACGGAUGGGAUCUGAUGUGGGCUCACGAUUAUCCCUACAGAAAGCUCAAUCUGCACCAAUUGAAACCACACCAGCUGGUGAACCACUUCCCCGGAUCGGGCUACAUCACGAACAAGGUAGACUUAUCCACAACGGAAAUACGAUAUGUUCCGAAGGCAUUCAAACUACCAAGCGAAGCGCAAGAAUUUAAAGACUUUGCCCUGCGAAACCCAGCCAAACUAUUUGUUCAAAAGAAUAAUCAACAUCGACAUAUUCAAAUAAAAAAACCGGAAGAGAUCGAUUUGAGCAACAAUGAAACGUUUGUUCAGGAGUUCAUUGAUGAUCCACUGUUAGUGGAUGGCUAUAAAUUUGACAUCGGAGUGUACACAGUGAUCACAUCGAUUGACCCACUGCGAGUAUACAUCUACAAGGGUGAUGUCCUCUUCCGGUACUGUCCUGUAAAAUACUACCCAUUCGAUGCGGAUAAUGUGGACAAAUAUAUAGUAGGGGAUGACUAUCUGCCCACUUGGGAGGUGCCAGCUUUAGCAUCAUUCUACACCAAACUCGGCUUUGGCAUGAAAGAAUCUUUCGACGCGUACCUUCGCAGUAUUGGUCGUGAUCCAGCUACCAUCUGGGAGCAGGUGGAAGAUGCCAUUCGACUAGCUAUUCUCAGCAAAGAAUCUCUGCUGGCCAAUAUCCUGCCCCGCUACACUAGCAAGCGCAAUUUUUUCGAAAUGAUGCGCUUCGAUUUAGUAGUAGAUAAUACGCUACGUGUCUUUCUAAUGGAAGCAAACAUGAGUCCCAAUCUAUCGUCCGCACACUUCAAACCCAAUCGUCUUCUGUACGAACAGGUCAUCUAUAAUUUUCUGCGCCUUGUUGGCGUGGGAUCCGACCUAUACCGAGAGUCUUUCCGCAAACGUACCACAGAUGCGGAAGCGAUGAUUUCUUCGCUCAAAAACAUCGUGGUUCAUGCGAAUCGCUGUUCCGAAGCACCCUGCGCCGAAUCGUGCGCUCCGGAGGAAUGUUCCCUUUGUGUCAGCUGUCUCAGCGGUGCGGAUCUGAAGGAGUUGCACAGUGCAUACCGAGAGCACCUGAACCGAGGAGAUAUGAAACGAAUUUUCCCCGUGCCAAAGGCCGAUCAUCUACCGGUCGAUCAGGAAAAAAUGAGUGCCAAGAACCGAUGGAUGAGUCGCUGGUUCGAGGCAAAGUGCCAAACCGAUUCAUCCUACUGCUACUGAGUAGACAUUCCACGGAAAGCAAUUUCCUUUCGAAACGAAAAGUAUUUUAACACAACGACAACGCUCUAGCGAUAGUUUUUUUUUUUUCCGUACUUUGUUGUCAGUUUUAAUAUAAGAUUCUAAAGCCAGUAUUAACAUAUCGAAAUUUAUACAAGUUCGCAUUGAAAAUAAAUUCUCAAUACAUAUCAACAACCAA